GGAACGGUAUUACCUGCACUACGAAUUCAUCACGUAACAUGAGGAUUAUGUCGUAUACCUUAUAGUGAUCAAGUUUGUUUAAUUAGAUGUGCAAUUAUCGGGAAUUAAUUAAUUAUUAGGCAUUAUUUAUUUUAGUAAAUAAUGAAAAGGGCGUUCAAAUUUCCAAUAGGCAGUAUUUCGAGAUGGUUUUUAAUUAGCAGAAGUCAUUGCGUAAAGUUUUCUGUGAUCACUUCAUAGAAAUUGUUAUUCACCUUUGUUACUUUCAAGAUUAUUUAAAUAUAGUGUUGUAUGUUGUUGUUACGAGUGAGUGGGUGUCGAUUUUCCUAAUGGUAUCAAGAGGAUGUACUGCGCUGCCUUUACUAUUGGUUGUCGCGACGAAUCUGGUUCAAAUUUCCAUGUUCCAAAGCAAAGCAGAUGAUCAUAGCGAACUGACAACGAUGUAUCCUGAAUAUCCACAAAGUGACAUGGACAAUAUGCAUCCCGUAUCAGAUAUAAAUGAUCCUUGCCAUAAGUUUGAAAAUCCAGAUUUUACUACGAAGGAAUUUACUAGUCCCGGAUAUCCAGAGAUGUAUCCUAAUCUAACCAAAUGUGUCUUAGUCUUGAAAGCGCCAAAGAAUCACGUAAUAAUUUUGGACUUUAGAGAAUACUUCGAUUUAGAAUAUAGCCAAGAGUGUAAAAAUGACUUUUUAGAAGUACGUGAUGGACCACACGGUUAUAAUGAUUUAUUAUACGGACCAUUCUGUGGAACGACUUUUCCGCCUGAAAUUACCUCUACGGAUAGAUAUCUUUGGAUAUUCUUUCGAUCAGAUGAAAAUAUCGAAGCGAAGGGCUUUAGAGCUGUUUUUAGAUAUCAACUGAGAGAUAGUAGUCUCAAGACGCCCGAGUUGAGAGAGUGCCGAAUCGAUCGGGUGGGUUUAGAAGAGGGAAUUAUUAGCAACGCCGAUAUUCCCACCGAUGUUAAGGAUUACAUUACCGAACACAGUAUGCCCGUUGACUGUCUUUGGGCGAUAACCGUGGAAUCAACAAAAAUGGUGCAGAUCGCGUUCACUGACUUUCAGCUAUCGAAACCUAACGACUGUGAAAAUAAUUUCAUCGACGUCUUCAGCAAUCGAACCGAUUUGCCUUCCAGAUUAAAUAAUUUCUGCGGUUCCGUUGCAGACAUCGUGUCGUCAAAGAGUCACAUUAUGUUUAUUAGAUUUUUUGCUCGGCCGAAAGCGUACGAUUCGUCUUUUAAAGCAUUAUUCACAGCGUACAGAGAUGUCGAUAAAGUCUCUCAAAAAUGUUUAGCGGAUGAAUUUGAUUGCGACGACGCUACUUGUAUAGCCAAGGAAUUGGAGUGCAACGACCAGAAGAAUUGUCGCUCACAAUGGGAUGAAGAAAACUGUCACAAAACUGUAAGCGCUCCAUUCUCCGAACUGCGUGUUAUCGUCAUAAUGGUAGUCUUCUGCUUAAUUUUGGCAGGAAUGUGUCUCACAUUUAUCGUCAGUUGCAUUAAGAAGCUAAUAAGUGAUCAUCGCAUCAUCCAGGAACACAUUCGUCAAAGCAGAGAGCAACAAUUGGACGAGCUCGGAAAGCAAGAGGAGAUGGAAAAGAAACACUCAAAAAUCGGAUCUCAUUCGGAUAGUACACAUUCGUCGGAUUCCCAACGCUUUACUAGCGCAAAUGCCAUAAUGGCUGACACCUCCUGCUACGUACCAGGCGGUGAUAUAUUGCCAAUAUUAAUUCGUAGUGAACACGGUGUUAGCCCAAACGGUGAUAUUUAUUCACAAAACGGAGACGAGAUGCAAUUAGAAAUGUGCGACAGCGCGUGUCAAACGAGGGAGAGUUUGUUCUUUCCUCACGACUAUAAUUCAGAACAUAGUUCACCCGUUCACAGCAUAACUUCACAUUCAAAGCCGAGCCCCCCAGCGCCGUUUAGUACGUUCGGUUAUAAAAAGGAGAACAAAUAUCGCGCCGAGGCGAGAAUAGAAAUGGAACGAGUUGAGCCUAAACCUCACGUGGACGAUAAAAGACGUCCCUAUAGUGUUCAAACGACGAAAUCCGCACCAGACGUCAUAGUGACCCACUGACAUAUGCCUUGCGCCGAGUGGGAGCCGUAUAAAAGGAGACACCCCCGGCAUGAUAUGAAGAACUCUCCUAAAA